GGAUCUGGGGAGAGUUUUCCUCCAAGGAGACAAACGACAACAAACAUGGCGGAUAACAAACGAGAGUCAUCGUCUUUGAAAAAUUUGCUUGAAACUGUCUAUGAAGUGCAUAGAAAGGACAUUAAGACCUACACAAGUGGUCACCUUAAUUCAAGCAAACUGUUAAAACCUCCAGAAGCACGUCAUAAAAGAUGGGAAACGACGGAUAAACCGCCAAUUCGGUGCGUAGGGCUUCGCAUACUGGAUUAACAAGAAAUGAGUUUAUUACUUAUAUGUAGUAAUCGCGGCCUUUUGAAGUGUGUUCAGUGUGUGUAGCUGUGUUUUUUCCACUUAGUCUCAGGUAUAAUCUGCGAGCCAUGUUUCGUAUUUAUAUUUUCCGUGUUUAUUGUAGUUUGAAGCCACCCUGCCGUCUUAUUGAUCUCCCAGUCAGAAAAGGUGAAUUGAGUGCAACGGAACUCCGCCACAAGACCAUGGCAGAUCGCCUUGUCGAAUUCAGUCUGGGACCAGUAAGGAAUCUUGCACUCAGUAAGUUGUUUAUCAAAUAUACAUUGCGCAUACAUAUAUAUAUUGUAUAGUGAAUUGUUUGACUAGAAGAUGUUUUUAAUGGUGGACUCUUUUUUGGUAGAAACUCGGCAUUCCCCUAUACCUCACUUUAUGGUAAUAUAUCCUCUUUUUUUCCGAAAAAAACAGCAACAACAACAACAACAACAACAACACAUAAAAAGAAAGAGUGUGGUUAAAGCAAUGGGCGAUGCGUUAAGGAAUUCCACGGAAAUUCUGAAGCUGUUUUUGUUCACUGUACAUUCAUUAUGGAUAAUUAAUAUUUUUUUCAUUGUUAGGCACUGGGGAAUGCCUCUUACUUCAGCGUGCAAAGAAAGUUGUGUCCGAUAGGCUGGGGUUUGUGGAUUUUGCUAUUGGGCCAGUGAAUUGUGUUCUUAACUUGCCCGAUGGAAUAAAAUUAAAAGAACUGUGAAAUCAAUUCUGCUCAUCCAAAAUUUUGGGGGCUAGUUAAAAUGACAUUUGGGCGAGUAAAUGCUAGCUUCAGCUUGCCCAGAUGGCAAGCUGUAAAAAUGACUUUCUUUGCACCCUGUACUUCCACUAAAAUUUGGUAAAGUCAAUAUUUAUUUACCACCAUAAAAAGAUUGAAAAGCUGAUGCAGGGCUGUAGACCUUCGUCAGGACGCCCAGCCAGGCAAAGGACUGGCACUAAAAAAGUUACCUUGUUUUUUGUUUAUUAUUAUUAGUAGUAGUAUCAGUUUAUUUUCAAUUUUUCAUGGGGGUAAAUUGACUUAUACCCAGUUGAUAAAACCAGAUUUUUUGUGCUUUACUCCUCCACUGACAGAGCUCCUAAACCAACCUUUCUAUUAUUCCAUUAUUCAGCUCAAAUUAUGCCCCAAAAUGCCUCUGCAUGCUGGCAGUAUAUCAUUUCAAAAAUUGCUUAUUCUGCUUGAGAUUUAUCCUAGCGUGACAUGUUAUUCUUUUAAAUUCGUGGUAUAAAAUUACCAUAAUUAUUCCACUAUAAAGCAAUGACAUUUUAUGUUUUAAAAUGAAACAAUAUUCAACAUUUGUAUCCCAACAGAAAAUGAAUUAAGAACAGAUUCAGAAGGUUUUAAAGAAACUUCUAUGGCAAAUGAAGAGUCAAGUAGAUCAGACAAGCUAACUGGAGACAAAGUUCUUGUAGAGGAGUUACGGCUACCUGAAAUUAUGAUACCUGCAGUCACUAAAACCAAAGGUGGAAAUAGAUCAUACAUGAUAACAUUAUUAUUGCUAUUAUUAUUAUUAUUAUUAUUAUUAUUAUUAUUAUUAUUAUUAUUAUUAUCACUAUUGAUUUCACAAAUUGAUAAUAUUAUUAGGGGAGCGUUCAUUAUUUAUCUAAAUCAUGGAAGGGGGCAGGAGUGAGGUGCUUCCUUGGGAGGGGGGGUCAUUAGAGUUUCAAGAUAGUUAGUGGAGGCAGGGUCCAAAAUUAACUCUUUUAUCCAGGUGCCAAGUGGUGGCUGAAAAUUUUUUUUAGUCACCAGAUGGAAAAUUCCAUUUGCCAGUAAGUGCCCGUAAAAUUUUUGGUAACACACUCAAAACAUUAUCUUGAAUACUUGUAAACAAACACAGAAGUCAGACUUCCAUGUACAAGAAAGCAUUAUAUGAUUGUGUAGCUUAUGCGUCCUAGUUGAAAAGGAUUUUUCAUUAAAAGAUAGCCGGCUCUAAGUUUGAAGACUGAACAUUAUAAUGCGACUGCCUUUCCAGGGGCUGUCAUUAAGAGCAGGGCGCAGGAUUUCCCCCGGCUAUCAUGAACGUGGCCCCAGACUAUUUUUAUAGGAAAAUAAAAGAAGAAUAGAACCAAAAGAAAUCCCUAGCUAGCUGUUUGAUUUCCCACCUACUUGUUGUAUGUACCCAGCAACUUGAAAUCGUAGUGACAUCCCUGUUUUCCAAGUAGAAACAUAAUGCGGCGCAAAGCUAACUGCCAUGUUAAUCAUACCAGGUCACUUCGGAACAAAACUGUUCAUACCAGUCCCCCACCUUCUAUGAUUUCAUUGGCCUGUAAUGACAGUCAAUGCUUUUUGUAUUUUCUUACCCUCAAUUGUUUUCUAUGGAGAUUAAAAACUUUGACAAGACAAGGGUAAGUUUCUUCUGAAAAUCUUCUGAUAUUUUUCCAUUUAAAACAAAAUUAAUUCCUUGAGGGCCAUAGUUCAAACAUUGGCAAGGCACUGAGAGUUAAGUAGCCUGCUGCGUGGCGACUGGCCUUAAAAUUCUGUUCGUCAGCACUCAAUUUUCAGUUGCAUUGGUGACCAGCUGGUUACAAUUUUGGACUCUGGGGGGGAGGGGAUGAAAGUUUUCUCAGCAGAGGUUGACAGUGGUGAUGAUUCAACGGAUCUUGACAGUGAAUCAAAUGACAAUGAAAUUAGUGACAAUACUAUGCCCAGUACUGCUUCAAACACUGGAUCUGGAAAAGAGUGAGGCCAAGGGCCAAAGAAAAAUAUAUUUUUUACUAAAUCAAUGUAUGUUCCCUACAUUGUUUAAAUAAUAAUAAUAAUAAUAUAUUAUUUGCACUGAUAUAAAGGCAGCUGGAGUCACAUAACAUCUGACAUUUCUCUUGGGGGCGGGGGGGGUAGUCAUUUAAAUUUUGCUGUUGUGUGAGGGGGGGGGGGUUAAAGAUAUUGAAAGUGAGGCCUAAAAAAAUGUGGGGCCUUUGGUGUCAGGAAUUUAUUCUCGAAAACUUACUUAGGUGGAAUAAUUUAAACCUGAAAUUAAUUUUGACCUCUACAAUUUAAUUGUUUAUAAAAGACUUUCAUAUUGGUAGUCCAAUAGUGAAUAGUAAGAAGCUGUNUUUUUUUUUAGCUGUGCCAACUACCAAAAUAGUGGCAAAAUAUACAUAAUUAUUAUAUUUUCAACAGCAAGAGAAAAAUUUAAAGCUGACACAGUUAUUAUGCACAAUGCAGAAAAAAAAAGGUUCAAAGAAAAAUUUACCAAAAUAUUGAAAUAAAAAUAUACUAUACUCUAAAAGGUAAUAUCGUAGGUAUGUAAUAUUGUAUGUUACAAUAACAAAAAAUAAAUAAACAAAUAAAGGAAAAUGGAUAUUUUCUAAAGCGCAUAAUAUGAAUUAUGUAAAUUGUAACUGGAAAAAAGUUCAUAUUAAUAUGGAGGAGUGGUUGGCACCGUGAUUUGUGUGUGAUACUAAUUAUAUGAGUAAAUGUUUAUAGUAUUUUACGUUCCAAAAUUUGGCUUUUAUUGUUAGUUUGGUUGUUAAACGAUUACUUUAUUUGACACUGAGUUCUUUUUUUUCAAAAUUCAAUUAGCCUUUACUUCUCGGGAGAAGUCCAAGGUGGAUGAUUUUCUUCCUCGACAAGCAUUUGUUGAGACUUACCUAAGUUACCCGACCAAAACAGAGCAGUUCACCAGCUUUCGGAAGUUUGGUGAUGAGGUGAUGAACUUGGGAGAUGCACAUGACAAAGGAGUAUUAACAGGAGAAAAAAAUGCACGAAACUUGGAACACAAGCUUGCAAAGGUAUUUUAGCCAGCUUUGUGUAACUUUACAUGGUAAACCCCAGCAUAAAAAACCUCUUUUGAUGAAUGAGGUUUGAGAAACUAUAAAAAUAGUUUAAAAAAAUUAAUUAGUUCUAAGAAGUCCAUAUACUGUUUAAUGAAAACAUGAAUCAAAGUAAAACAAUUUUCAAUCUAAUUGGUUUGGUCUGACCUGUUGAAUAAAGAAGCAACUACACUGUAUUAAAGCGUGUAAUAGUUCACAUAAUUUUCAACAUUAAUUAUUAUUACUACCCCAUUGGUUCUUUAUUUCUAUCAUUACCCUCAGUAACCACGCCUUACAACUUUGAUCAUACACAUUUACAUAGUUUUUUUAUCAGACCUGUCAAAUUUAAGUUCAGGUUAAAAAUUUUUAACCUAGGUAGGUUGAUUCUUAAUUUGUUGGUUUUCUAGGGCUAGGAGACAUUGGAAAUAAUUUUAUUGGAAAGAAUUUAAACAAUUAUUGACAUCAACCUAGGUUAAAUCAAAAUUAACCUGAAAUCAAAUUUGACGUGUAAAAUGUAAAAAAAAUUCUCACACUCUUCAUGGUUACAUACUAGCUUAAUUGUAUAAUUAUAAACACUACUGGCCCUUAGGCCAUGUUCCUCGUUAUACUCUAACUCUUGUACAGAUGUACUUUCUUUUGUUAGCUUGUACAUGUGCUUGCAAGAGACAUAUUAUGUAUCCUGCUUCCCGUAUGCCUUUACGAUCCCUACUUCUCCUGGAACCCAGGGACAAGUAGAGAAUACCCAGGAAGGUCAACAUCAGUUUGAUGUGCUGCCUGCUAUGGCCAGUAUUCCCUGAUAUGUCAUUGAAAUAAUGGACCUUCAUAAACUCACUUAAAUAUUUAGCAAAUUGAUGUCCAGACAUUUUUUUUCAUCAUUACCUAUAUAUAGCAAUUAGCCGCCCUAGAAACAUCAAGUCACAGAGGACCAAAUUUUCACAGACUUCAGUUAUAUAACAGGUGUUUUGAUGAGAUUAUUGCAGAGUCAAGUACAUUUGGACCUCUUUUAAGGAAGAUUAAAGUGAGUACAACCAAACAUGUGCUAGUUUUAUCUUGAAGUGAUGAUUAGAAGUGAUGAUAGAUUGGAAUGGGAUAAAACUUAUUAAGUCAUCCAAAAAUACUGCCUACAUUUUAUUUGACACAUGAAUUAAGAAACAGCUGCUGCUGAGCCAUUGUUGGAUGAGAUUAGAAAACAGUUACAUUAAAAGUGAUUAUUGAAUUUUCCUACUUUUUAUUUGUGGACUAUUUUAAUUUAUGUUCCUUUUCCCUUUGUGGUUCAAUAAACUGUUUGUUAUGCUAAAAUGUAUCAAACUAAAUUGUAUAGUCAGAUGUGUACAUGCAUGUAACUAUUAAGUUUGGAAGCCUUUCAUGUGCAUGAGCUUCUUUCUAUUCAAAAGGAACUAACGUUACCUUCAUGCAUUUAUAUAAUUUAUGUUGCAGGUCAAAAUUUAAUUCAUAGUUGAUAUUUUUUAAAUUUUGACCUCUGACAUUUUCAUGUAACUGCAUGUUCACUAUUCCUUUGUCAAAAGAAAACCAACCAAUUAUUGGAAUUUCUCUCCAGGAUGAGUAUGACAGCUACAUGUCACAUUUGUUGGACACACAAAAACCGUCACAGCAUAAAGUACUAUAUCAUCAUAUAGACAGCCUUUCCGAAAAUCCCUCCACCUCAGAUAAACUGAAAGAGGAGGAAAAAAGAGUUGAAAACUUAGAAAAAGAGGCAAGGCUUCUCCUAGAGGAAAAUGCAAGGUAUUUUAUACUUAAUACAAAAAAGGGACGUGCACAGAUGGAUUAAAACUUGAGAAAGAUAAUAGGGUGGAUUGUAGGGUAGUUCAUUUAAUUUGUUAUUUGCUAGCAACAAGUUGAUAUAAUACAGUUGUACUGUNCUGCUGCUGAGCCAUUGUUGGAUGAGAUUAGAAAACAGUUACAUUAAAAGUGAUUAUUGAAUUUUCCUACUUUUUAUUUGUGGACUAUUUUAAUUUAUGUUCCUUUUCCCUUUGUGGUUCAAUAAACUGUUUGUUAUGCUAAAAUGUAUCAAACUAAAUUGUAUAGUCAGAUGUGUACAUGCAUGUGACUAUUAAGUUUGGAAGCCUUUCAUGUGCAUGAGCUUCUUUCUAUUCAAAAGGAACUAUAACGUUAUACCUUCAUGCAUUUACAUAAUUUAUGUUGCAAGUCAAAAUUUAAUUCAUAGUUGAUAUUUUUUAAAUUUUGACCUCUGACAUUUUCACGUAACUGCAUGUUCACUAUUCUUUUGUCAAAAGAAAACCAACCAAUUAUUGGAAUUUCUCUCCAGGAUGAGUAUGACAGCUACAUGUCACAUUUGUUGGACACACAAAAACCGUCACAGCAUAAAGUACUAUAUCAUCAUAUAGACAGCCUUUCCGAAAAUCCCUCCACCUCAGAUAAACUGAAAGAGGAGGAAAAAAGAGUUGAAAACUUAGAAAAAGAGGCAAGGCUUCUCCUAGAGGAAAAUGCAAGGUAUUUUAUACUUAAUACAAAAAAGGCACGUGCACAGAUGGAUUAAAACUUGAGAAAGAUAAUAGGGUGGAUUGUAGGGUAGUUCAUUUAAUUUGUUGUUUGCUAGCAACAAGUUGAUAUAAUACAGUUGUACUGUUUGGCAGGCAUGUUUGUUGACAAAGAUUGUUUAUUGUCUGCAGCCUUAUCGUGACAAGAAGCUGUGAUUUUAUCAUUCACAAGUAAAUUCCUUCCUAAAGGUUAACUUCCAUAAUUGCAUGAAAAAGCAUUUUGACAAUAUAUUUUAUUUAAUAUUAAAAUGAACUAGACAUGAUGCAUGUACAUACAGCCUUGACUUAUACAGCCCCUUUUUAAUAUUAUUAAUUACACCUAUAUUUUGUGUAUCAGAACUUUCAUACAUUCUCAUGUACAUUGGUAAUUAGAUGUCCAUAAAAAAAUAUAUUUCUGGUGUAAUGACUCACCACAAAAUUUAGUAAAACAUAGUGUCCUCUUACAUUAUUGGUAACAGAUUGACUGAGUCGCUGAUUUAUGUGUCCUUUGAGAUAAAGAGUUGAAGGCUUGAAAUACAGUCUCAUGUACAGUGCUUAUAUCCCAUAAAAACAAGCCAUUUCUGGAGGAAUAUUGACUCAUUAAUUACCCUAAAAUUUAGUAAAACAUAGUGUUCUCUCACAUUUGGUAACAGAUUGACGGCAGUCCUUCGAGAUGAAGAGUUGAAAGCUUCAGAAGAGUCAGACAUCAAUGUCAAAGUUGGUAAGAAACUCACAAAUUUAUGAAAUGUUGCCUUUUUCCUUAUUCAAGUCUUCUAUUAAAAGUAUGAUGUAAAAAUGUUGAAGGUGCUGUUGCUGAUACAACAACUUUGAUUGAACUCUGAUACUAAUAGACCCUUUGGGCAAAGCAACACAUGCAUUUUGUGGCAAUAUUUUGUUUUCUUAACAGCUGAGUCUCAAGCAAAAGUAUCUGUUCACAUUGAAGAAGUUCCAAAGGACUUAGAAGAGCAAGUGGAAGAGUUAC